GCUGAGGGCGCGGGGCGCGCGGAGGGGCAAUGCCGCCACCGCGUGAGGGCUUGCAAGCAGUUCUCAGCAGCAAAGUGUUAAGUUUCAGGCUCAGCACGUUAUUGUUCACUGAGAAUGAAGACACCAACUGGAUUUGACUGCUACUGCAGUAACUGUGUUCUCACUGGGUAACCUUGCGCUGCCGCUUCAGUGCCGACUCUUCUGGAAAAAGAAACUGCUGUGAAUGGCAUCUCUGUGUGAUGACUGGAGUACGACUUCUCCCUAAUCUGGCCUCUGUUCAUCGGGAUUCAACAGGAAAAUAGCAGAGCCUGUUCAUGCCGAUGCAUGUUUUGGAAGAGGAGUGAUGGUAGCCAUAACAUUGUGGAGGCCAAGAAAUAUAUAAAAAGCUGACUAUUAAAAGAGCAAAACUGCGUUUGUAAUUGAGAAUGGGCCCUCAACGAUGCUAAGUCUACCAUGGGAAGUGUCACACUUCGCUAUUUCUGCUAUGGGUGCCUUUUCACAUCUGUGACCUGGACACUUCUGCUUUUUGUUUAUUUCAACUUCAGUGAAGAGAACCAAUCCUUCAAGAAUGUGCCCGUCAAGGGGCUGGAACCUCAGAGGCCGCUCCCAAAGAAAUUCUACCCCCGUUUCACGCGGGGCCCUGUUCAUAUACCUGAACUGCAUCAGAAAGACAGUAAGAUAGGAAAUCCUCUGGGAAAUCUUAUCCAGGACCCGGUUAAGGGGGAGGUGGAAUUCUCUCCUGAAAUGGGAAUGAUUUUUAACGAAGAAGAUCAGGAAGUGAGAGACUUGGGCUAUCAGAAGCAUGCUUUCAAUAUGCUAAUCAGUAAUCGGCUGGGAUACCACAGGGAGGUGCCUGAUACAAGAGAUCCUAAAUGUAGAGAGAAGUCCUACCCUUCUGACCUGCCAUCUGCCAGUGUUAUUAUCUGUUUCUACAAUGAAGCACUUUCUGCUCUGCUUCGCACAGUCCAUAGUGUCCUGGAUCGUACUCCUGCACACCUUCUUCAUGAAAUUAUUUUGGUGGAUGACAACAGUGAAUUGGCUGACUUGAAGAAAGACUUGGAUGAAUAUGUAAAAACUCAGCUUCCAAAAACCACGAAACUGGUCAGAAAUGAGAAGCGAGAAGGCUUGAUUCGAGGAAGGAUGAUUGGAGCCUCUCAUGCCACAGGGAAAGUGCUGGUUUUCUUGGACAGUCACUGUGAGGUGAAUGAGAUGUGGUUACAACCUCUGCUGACUCCCAUCAGAGAAGAUCACAGGACUGUGGUGUGCCCUGUGAUUGACAUAAUCAGUGCUGACACGCUUACCUACAGCUCUUCCCCAGUUGUGCGUGGAGGGUUUAACUGGGGUCUGCACUUUAAGUGGGAUCUUGUCCCUUUGUCAGAACUGGAAGGACCCGAGGGAGCCACUGCUCCAAUCAAGUCACCGACCAUGGCUGGAGGGCUGUUUGCCAUGGACCGCGAGUACUUCAAUGAGCUUGGGCAGUAUGAUAGCGGCAUGGACAUCUGGGGAGGAGAAAAUCUGGAAAUAUCUUUUCGGAUCUGGAUGUGUGGUGGCAGGCUUCUGAUCAUCCCCUGCUCCAGGGUGGGACACAUUUUCCGUAAAAGACGUCCCUACGGCUCACCAGGGGGACAGGACACCAUGGCUCAUAACUCUCUCAGACUGGCACAUGUGUGGAUGGAUGAAUACAAGGAGCAGUAUUUUGCUUUGAGACCCGAGCUGAGAAUGAGGAACUAUGGAAACAUUACUGACCGUGUGGAACUCAGAAAAAGAUUGAACUGCAAGUCCUUUAAGUGGUAUUUAGAUAACAUCUAUCCUGAGAUGCAAAUAUCUGGGCCCAAUGCCAAAGCUCCGCAGCCAGUGUUUAUUAAUAGAGCACAGAAACGACCCAGAAUAAUCCAGCGUGGAAGGUUGUAUCACCUCCAAACCAACAAAUGCCUGGUUGCCCAGGGCCACCCGAGUCAGAAAGGAGGCCUGGUAGUGGUUCGGGAAUGUGACUACAAUGACCAAAACCAGGUCUGGGUUUACAACGAAGAUCAUGAGCUGAUUUUAAACAACCUGCUGUGCUUGGACGUUUCGGAGACUCGCUCGGCUGAGCCCCCGCGUCUCAUGAAGUGCCACGGCUCCGGCGGCUCGCAGCAGUGGACCUUCGGGAAAAACAACCGCCUCUACCAGGUCUCCGUGGGGCAGUGCAUGAAGGUGGUAGAUCCACUGAGCCACAAAGGGUACGUGACCAUGGCCAUCUGCGACGGGUCCCUUCCUCAGCAGUGGCAUUUUGAGAGCUGAGACGGCGAGGAUGCGGCUGAGAAGCGUUAAGCCAAGACCUGGUUCCCCUUCAGCCAUGACUUUAAGUCAUUCUGGAGGGCUUUGCGAGGAGCCCUUAGCUGCUACACCCGGCCCACGGCAAGGAUCCUGCUAUGAAGAGCAAUGUGCAUGAGAAGGUCCAGGUGGUCCCCAGUCCCUGCUCAGACACAGCAGUGACAGGAGCAGCCCUGCCGCAGGACAAGAUGUGGAAGUGCAAUCUCUCAGCGGUUCCUUGGAUUGUCAUAGAGUAUUGAACUGGUUUUGAGUAAGAGAAAUCAUUAGAGCAAUGUACUUUCAAUGGUGAAGUGUUAGCUUUGUGCCAGAAAGGAGUCUCUGCAAGUAUUCCAUGGGCAGUAUCUCAUUCAUUUACCUUUUUAGUAUGGUUUUACUGGCCAAAUCAUUUUUCUUCUUCUGGAGAAUAUUUUUAUUCCCUUUUAUCCUCUGAAAGUUGUCAUCUGUAAUAUUUAAAUUUAGUUCUUUUUAAUUUACAAUUUUAGGACCUUCCUUGUAGUUUAAAUUCUUAGCUGUCAUUCGUCAGCUCAUAUUUAAAGCAAAGUAACUAUUACAAAGUCUAUUUUGAUGACUCAUGACAGUAGCUGCAUUUAAAAUAAAGCAUCAUUUUUUUAUUAACCUGGAUGGCUUUACUCUUUGUAGCUGUUGGAGCAGAAAGCACCAGCUUGGAGACCAGUGCAAACCAACGUUCACACGGUUUGGGUCUCCCCUUCCCUUCACAGCUGGCUCUUUCUCCCUCACCUCUUGGAAGUUUAGAUAGAUAAUUCUGUUGUUAUUUGUUGGGUUUUCUUCCCCCCCUCUGCUUCCCUUCCCAAGUUUGUUUAUUUCACUGCUGACCUUUCUUUGACUUCCUGCCUCAGCCCUGGAUGCUUCUUCAGUGCCUAGAAGCUGCUGCAGAGGAGGAAAGCUGUUCUUACCCAGCAGAGUUUUUCUUGCCAGCG